UGGCUUUAAAAGACAUGUUUGGUUUGAAACUUUAGCUUUUGCAGUUGAAUUGGCUGUCUUAGUGGCUCAGUUUGUGUUAUAGAAUGGGUUUGAUCAAAAUUGCUGUUUUGGUAGUUCUUUAUCACCAGUUAGUAUGGAAUGCUUUCAGCUGCGCAGUCGAAGAUGGAUCCUUAGAUUUCUCCUUGAGUGAUGUUGGGAGAGUAGUUGGAGAAAAAGACAAUUCUAACUCUGUCCAACUGCAGGGCACUUUUAGCCAGGAUGACGCUGAGGGAUCCAGUUCUGUGAAUGCCACCUUCAGCCAAGAUGAUGCUGAGGGGUCUGGUUCUGUCAACGCCACCUUCAGCCAGGACGAUACUGAGGGGUCUGGUUCUGUCAACGCCACCUUCAGCCAAGAUGAUGCUGAGGGGUCUGGUUCUGUCAACGCCACCUUCAGCCAGGACGAUACUGAGGGGUCUGGUUCUGUCAACGCCACCUUCAGCCAGGACGAUACUGAGGGGUCUGGUUCUGUCAACGCCACCUUCAGCCAAGAUGAUGCUGAGGGGUCUGGUUCUGUCAACGCCACCUUCAGCCAAGAUGAUGCUGAGGGGUCUGGUUCUGUCAACGCCACCUUCAGCCAGGACGAUGCUGAGGGGUCUGGUUCUGUCAACGCCACCUUCAGCCAAGAUGAUGCUGAGGGGUCUGGUUCUGUCAACGCCACCUUCAGCCAGGACGAUACUGAGGGGUCUGGUUCUGUCAACACCACCUUCAGCCAAGAUGAUGCUGAGGGGUCUGGUUCUGUCAACGCCACCUUCAGCCAGGACGAUGCUGAGGGGUCUGGUUCUGUCAACGCCACCUUCAGCCAAGAUGAUGCUGAGGGGUCUGGUUCUGUCAACGCCACCUUCAGCCAGGACGACGCUGAGGGGUCUGGUUCUGUCAAUGCCACCUUCAGCCAGGAUGACGCUGAGGGAUCCAGUUCUGUCAAUGCCACCUUCAGCCAGGACGAUGCUGAGCGGUCUGGUUCUGUCAACACCACCUUCAGCCAAGAUGAUGCUGAGGGGUCUGGUUCUGUCAACGCCACCUUCAGCCAGGACGACGCUGAGGGGUCUGGUUCUGUCAAUGCCACCUUCAGCCAGGAUGACGCUGAGGGAUCCAGUUCUGUCAAUGCCACCUUCAGCCAAGACUAUUCUGAGGGGUCUGGUUCUGUCAACGCCACCUACAGCCAGGACGAUGCUGAGGUGUCUGGUUCUGUCAACGCCACCUUCAGCCAGGACGCUGCUGAGGGGUCUGGUUCUGUCAAUGCCACCUUCAGCCAGGACGAUGCUGAGGGGUCUGGUUCUGUCAACGCCACCUUCAGCCAGGACGAUGCUGAGGGGUCUAGUUCUGUCAAUGCCACCUUCAGCCAGGACGAUGCUGAGAAGUCUGGUUCUGUCAACGCCACCUUCAGCCAGGACGAUGCUGAGGGGUCUGGUUCUGUCAACGCCACCUUCAGCCAGGACGACGCUGAGGGGUCUGGUUCUGUCAACGCCACCUUCAGCCAGGAUGACGCUGAGGGGUCUGGUUCUGUCAACGCCACCUUCAGCCAGGACGACGCUGAGGGGUCUAGUUCUGUCAAUGCCACCUUCAGCCAGGAUGACGCUGAGGGGUCUGGUUCUGUCAACGCCACCUUCAGCCAGGACGAUGCUGAGGGGUCUAGUUCUGUCAAUGCCACCUUCAGCCAGGACGAUGCUGAGAAGUCUGGUUCUGUCAACGCCACCUUCAGCCAGGACGAUGCUGAGGGGUCUGGUUCUGUCAACGCCACCUUCAGCCAGGACGACGCUGAGGGGUCUGGUUCUGUCAACGCCACCUUCAGCCAGGAUGACGCUGAGGGGUCUGGUUCUGUCAACGCCACCUUCAGCCAGGACGACGCUGAGGGGUCUGGUUCUGUCAACGCCACCUUCAGCCAGGAUGACGCUGAGGGGUCUGGUUCUGUCAACGCCACCUUCAGCCAAGACUCUCCUGAGGGGUCUGGUUCUGUCAACGCCACCUUCAGCCAGGACGAUGCUGAGGGGUCUGGUUCUGUCAACGCCACCUUCAGCCAGGACGAUGCUGAGGGGUCUGGUUCUGUCAACGCCACCUUCAGCCAGGACGAUGCUGAGAAGUCUUGUUCUGUCAACGCCACCUUCAGCCAGGACGAUGCUGAGGGGUCUGGUUCUGUCAACGCCACCUUCAGCCAGGACUAUGCUGAGGGGUCUAGUUCUGUCAACGCCACCUUCAGCCAGGAUGACGCUGAGGGGUCUGGUUCUGUCAACGCCACCUUCAGCCAGGACGACGCUGAGGGGUCUGGUUCUGUCAACGCCACCUUCAGCCAGGAUGACGCUGAGGGGUCUGGUUCUGUCAACGCCACCUUCAGCCAGGACGAUGCUGAGGGGUCUAGUUCUGUCAAUGCCACCUUCAGCCAGGACGAUGCUGAGAAGUCUGGUUCUGUCAACGCCACCUUCAGCCAGGACGAUGCUGAGAAGUCUGUUGAUGUGGAAUAA